AUGGACGUUUCUUCAUUCUCUCGCCACGACUCCGCCGCCGCCGCCGCCGACCACCACCCCCACCACCUCCCCCCCGGCUUCCGCUUCCACCCCACCGACGAGGAACUCAUCACCUACUACCUUCUCAAGAAAGUCCUCGACAGUAGCUUCAGUGGCAGAGCCAUUGCAGAGGUCGACCUCAAUAAGUGCGAGCCAUGGGAGCUUCCCGAGAAAGCGAAAAUGGGGGAGAAGGAGUGGUAUUUCUUUAGCCUUAGAGACCGGAAGUAUCCGACCGGUCUCCGGACGAACAGGGCGACGGAGGCUGGGUACUGGAAAGCCACCGGAAAAGACAGGGAAAUUUAUAGUGUCAAAACGUGUUCGUUGGUGGGGAUGAAGAAGACGUUGGUGUUUUACAGAGGAAGAGCUCCCAAGGGUGAAAAGAGUAACUGGGUUAUGCAUGAAUAUCGCCUUGAAGGCAAAUUUGCUUACCAUUAUCUCUCCACAAAUUCCAAGGUUCUUCCCUUUUCUUCUUCUUGA